AUGGCGGAGUGGCCAGGUGUCCAAGGAAUAUUGGAUCAUGACGAGGGCAACUACCUUACAGUCUUAUUCCUUGCCUGGGCUUAUAUUCUUUCAGCACGAUGGGCAGAGCUAUUAAAGAGUGCAUCGGAUUGCCAAAUAAAAUUUACAACAGAUAAUGUUCCAUCUUUUAUGGUACCCAGCCAUCAAUGUGCGGCUGAGAUCGACUUGGGAUAUCAUGCCGGAAAAGACGAAGCUGGUUGGUGGGCGGUCAUACUAUCUUCUGGGGGCUACCGGCACAUAACAGCAGACUAUAACCAGAAAACAUACUUGUCUCCGUGGUCAGUUACGAUAUCGGAUACGUCACGCAUUGGUGUUAUGGGAGAUCCUUCUGUUGCUGGUAUUGAGCUGCCGUCAUCCAGCACUGCCCUUGCAUAUCUAGCUCGGUUUUGUUCCCGUCAUCGCCUAUAUGGCCAAUGUUCUGCGGCUCUGGCUGCGGUGCUUUAUGUUCCUUUCCUUAAUGGGAGAUUGGUAUCGCUUCCGAUGCCAAAACAGGUCCAACGAUCACAGUCGCCCGCAAUAUUCGCACAACCAGAUAAGGAUAUCAUUGGGGAGCAUGGAAGACUCCUUCCUUAUUAUAUGACGUUGAGCUCCAAUGUGUGGGGUGUACGGUCUCUGCUCUUCAGCACUUUCUUUAAUGCAGAUAUCGAAUGUAACCUGGUCAGCGCUUGGCUAAACCCUGCAUUCACAAUAAUAGACCCUCUCCUUGAAGCAAACGAUAUGCCUAUGCUCGCGAAGGUCCUGGCAAACCGAGAACCUAAGUUUAGCAGUCUGUGGCUCGGCGCAAUUAUUAUGGACAUUGCCAAGGCUACCUUACGGGAUAUUCGGACUGGUCUCACAGCGCUAGAUCUUAACGCCGCUGCCUGGACCGGGACAGUACAAUCUUUUAUAACAUUGAAGCCAGGCCUUAGCGACGGCAUAACGAUACGCCGCGAAGAUGAGUGUCGCCUUCUCUUCAUUACAGGCUGCGAUGGAUUUAUUAGAGUUCCAAUUUACCCUUGGAAGCCUUUUGGUGCCAUUCUUCUGCAUGACACAGAACCUCAAGUUCGGCAGCAUGCAUGUUGCGGAUGCCAUUGUUUAGAGUAUCACUCUUGGAACUGGGGUCUUGCAAAUGGCGAAGAACUUGAAGAUCUGGGCAUAGAUCUUACUUCUGAUAAUGAAAAUGGUUUAAAUACACAUGUACCGGAACGAUACCCAUUAGCACAACACGACCUUAAAUUGUUUUCGGAGUCAUUGUCGGAGGCGGCUACACGCGGAAUAUUCAGUUGGCUACGGUCAACAGGAUAUCCAGCUAAUGAGAAGCCCAUAUACCAGCACUCAUGGAUUGAUAUCGAAAGCUCUGACGAUGAGGGCGUGGACGAUGUGGAAUCUGGUACUAUCGAGUUUACCGGCUCACAGGAAUUCAUCGAUGAAUGGCUUAGCAAGGUUGACUGA